CAGUCACAGCAAUGAAUACAGAGUCAACAAUAAACACAAAUCCGUCAAACGCAGAGACAACAACAAACGCAGAGAUAACAACAAACUCAGAGAUAACAACAAACUCAGAGAUAACAACAAACUCAGAGAUAACAACAAACGCAGAGAUAACAACAAACUCAGAGACAACAGCAAACUCAGAGAUAACAACAAACGCAGAGACAACAGCAAACUCAGAGAUAACAACAAACUCAGAGAUAACAACAAACGCAGAGAUAACAACAAACUCAGAGACAACAGCAAACUCAGAGAUAACAACAAACGCAGAGACAACAACAAACUCAGAGACAACAGCAAACUCAGAGAUAACAACAAACGCAGAGACAACAGCAAACUCAGAGAUAACAACAAACUCAGAGAUAACAACAAACGCAGAGACAACAACAAACUCAGAGACAACAGCAAACUCAGAGAUAACAACAAACGCAGAGACAACAGCAAACUCAGAGAUAACAACAAACUCAGAGAUAACAACAAACGCAGAGAUAACAACAAACUCAGAGACAACAGCAAACUCAGAGAUAACAACAAAUUCAGAGACAACACCAAAUUCAGAGACAACACCAAACGCAGAGACAACACCAAACUCAGAGACAUCAACAAGCAUAAAACCGCCAAACGCAGAGGCAACAACAAACUCAGAGAUAACAACAAUCUCAGAGACAACAAAAAAUACUGACACAACAAGCACUGAGAGAAAAAGAACCACAGAAACAUCAAAUGUAAAGACAACAACUAUAGAGACAACAAGAACAACAGCCGAUGUGACUCUGCAGAAUACCAGUCCUAUGGAUGAAAUUACUGGCAGUCAUAUUCUAUCAGACGCACAAUGUCAAGUUUCCAAAAACAUUGAGAUAUUCAAUGAUCCCUCCGGAGACCUUGCCUUAAAGCUGUCGCAAGCGUUUGACAGAAACAAUAUGACAUGUUUUCCACUGCCCCUUCAGGGGGAGACAAUCCCGUUUAUGUGGACAAGGAUGAGUGUCAUGGACGUCUUUGGAAUUAGCCCUAGCCCAUUUGAGAUCCUCUUCAUCGGACAUGAUCUUACAUGUGAUAAUCAUUCAGAUGUCAACAUUAUGCAGGUUUCCUAUAAAGAUCCAGGUCAGCCAACACAAUUCUGCUCACUGCUUCAUGACGAGAGAAACCAAGACCUCUCUAUCUGCAAGUAUUACUGCGCAUGUGUAAAUCUCCACAGCUGCAGAGAAUUGAUGAUAUAUUUUGCGAAUGGGAACAGCAGUAGUCAGUGGUCAUUAUGUGAGGUGACGGCGUGGAAUCGGUGAUAGAUUGAGGACUUUGGAAUCUGUGUAAGGUGUCCACAUUGACUCCAUGAUUAUUUGUUAAAUCUUAUUGUUGCCGUGAAUAUGGUAGUUUUGUUAUGUGAAGUCGCUAAAUUGUUUUCUUCAUAAAUGCACAAUGAAAUAAAAUCAGAAAUCGUUA